CGUGCCCAUGGGCGCCGCGGCCCCUCCGCCCUCCCGCGGCGGCUGCCGGGCACGGGCGAGGGGGGCCUCCCCUGCGGGCGUGCGCCUGGCAGUGAGCUCACUCGCUCCGUUAUAAAUAUCCCGGUGCCAGCAGUACCGGCAGCCCCGCGGCGGGGGGCCUGCCUGCUGCCUGCGGAGCGCGGCUAGGCGGCAAGAUGCGCCGGGGAGCCGGGCCGCUGCAAGGAUGAUGAGCCGCGCCGUCCUCUGCCUCCUCGUCCUCGGCCGCCUCCUCCCCGGCGCCUCGGCCCGCCCCGACGCGCGGCUCGCCCGGGCUGCCCCUGCCCCCGCGCCCGGGGGCACCUUCCAGUGGAGCCCCUCGGGCCGCCGCACCGGCAGCCUCUACUGCAGGGUGGGCAUCGGCUUCCAUCUGCAGCUGCAUCCGGAUGGCAAAGUCAACGGCUCCCACGAAGCCAGUCUCUUAAGUAUUUUGGAAAUAUUUGCUGUGUCUCAGGGGAUUGUAGGAAUACGAGGAGUUUUCAGCAACAAUUUUUUAGCGAUGUCAAAAAAAGGAAAACUCCAUGCAAGUGCCAAAUUCACAGAAGACUGCAAGUUCAGGGAGAGGUUUCAAGAGAACAGCUAUAACACAUAUGCCUCAGCGAUUUAUAGGACUGAAAAGACUGGGAGAGAGUGGUAUGUGGCUUUGAACAAAAGAGGCAAAGCUAAAAGAGGCUGCAGCCCCCGAGUGAAACCCCAGCACAUAUCCACCCACUUCCUUCCAAGGUUCAAGCAGUCUGAGCAGCCAGAGCUUUCUUUCACCGUCACAGUUCCUGAGAAGAAAAAGUCACCUGCCUCCAUUCCAGCAAAACCAAAGGUUUCAUUGUCUGUGCCUCGGAAAAAUCCCAACACUGUCAAAUACAGACUCAAGUUCCGCUUUGGAUAGCUGUGCACCUGGGCGAGAGCGAGGAACACUUUUCUCAGGAGCUGCUGGGGCGUGUGUGUGUGUGUGUGUGUGUAGGCACGUGUGCAGGGGUGUGGACGAGUUCUUAGCCUAUGAUGGCAGAGAGGUCUGUAUUGCGUUUAACUGCAUUAGGAGGUCAGACAGGGAGAAACCCAUUUGUUUCAGUUUGAUCCCAGACAAAUUGGUUUUUGAUAGUUAAGAGUGUUAACUGAACUGGAAUUCUUCAUCUAGCCCCAGGGUGAAGAGCAUUAUUGCAGUUCAGAUGAACAUAAAGGCUUUAGUUUUUGCCUUAAAUACCAUUCUUGUUUUUUCCUACUCUCCAAAGCAUUGCAAUGGUUCUGUACAUUUUGAAAGUGUACAUUGGAACAUUUUAACUUUUCCUUUCCAAAGAAGAUACUUUUAAUGAUAAAAUAUUUAAUGGACUUUUGUGGUAGUUGAAAGAAACAAAAAAGGUACCUCUACCUUGAACAUAUUUUUCUUACUUUUUCAAUUAAGGACACUUUUUACAGUCAUUUGCAUAUGAGGAAUUUGUUCGGAGUCAACAUAUAUGGAUUUCUUUUUCCUACUUCUCUUUUUGCUGCAAUUUUGACUUCUGACUAUACCUCAAACACUGUACAUUCAAGUCUGCAUUUUUGAAUGUUUUAUUUCCCUUCUUUUUACAGCUCAACUUAUUUAAAAAAAAAUCAUCUUUACGUAGUAAUUUAUACCAGGAUGUUAAAUCUUCUUGCUUUUAUUUGUAAUGGAUUUUUUUCCUUCGCUGAGGAAGAUACUAGGUUUCAAACUUGGAGAAGAGAGCUCUUCUUUUACAAAUGAUCCCAAUCCCAGUUUGCUCUUCUACUCUUUCUUGCUUUCUUGAACAGCUGGAGGAAUAAGUCUUAUUCUGUCCAUCAAAGUAUCACUUCGAAGUCUAUGUUUAAAAUACCUCUGUCGUGACCCUGUGGCAUUCCUGCUAUUAUAGGUCCACAGGGAUGGAGCUGCUUUACAGGAGAAACAGAGGGAGGCCAGACCCACUCCAUAGGUGUAUCAGAUAACAGCCAUCAAUGUUAUGGCCCAUUAUCAAACAUUGUCAUCAUUAUAUUCAGCAAGUAAAACCCUCUCCUGAGACUCCCAUUCCAAAGGUAAAUUGUUCCUGUGACUACUUCUGCCUUUUAUAGCAAAACAAUGGGUAAGAAUUUAAAGGCCAGUUAUGUGCUUCAGGAAUUGAUCCUAAUCCAAGGAUGCAUGAGCUGUUGCUGACAUCCAGCUAGUGGUCCAAAUAGUGUUGCACAGGUGUAACUAAAAACAGAAUUGGGUUCCUUGAGUGAGUCCUCAGCUGUUGUAACCUGACUUAGCUCCAUGGACUUCAAGGGAGCUACACUGAUUUACACAAGCUGAGCAUUUGGCCUGUUAUCACUCUACAGGGGACAUAGUUCCACAGUGUUUUAAUUCAUGUGAGUUACACAAUGUAUUUAUUUCAUUGUCUAAUUGUUUAUAUACACAUCCUACUGAAAAAAUGUUUUAUUUGAACUUAAAAAAUGGAAAUGUGGCAAUAAACUGUUAUAGUUACUUGAACCCUUGGAAGUAUUUUUUCCCAUUAGAGGUAGAGUGGUGUAGCAUUUAGAUUUCAAUAAUUAUUCAGUUAACUUGUUUCUAUUAACUAAUUAUGCAUAUAAAAAUUACCCACAUUUAGCUGUGUUAUGUAUGUAAAGACAGUACUAGAAAUGAAACUCACCAAUUAAGCCUUAAUAGAUUUUAGAAUGGCUUGUGUUAGUGAAAUUAGUACUUUUGUUAGUUGUAGUAACAUUUUAGCUGCGUAUCAGCAAUAACAAGGUCAUGCAAGACAGUCAAACAUUUUACCAAAAAUUGACAAGCAUACACAUUGUUUCCAUUUAAGGCAUGAUCCUUCAUCCACCGUUACUCUGAAUGAGCCGAGGGCCUUUUUCCAAACCUUUCAUUCCAUACAAUAAAAAAACCAAGCACACAAUGUAGUAUUUCUUUUUCUAAUAAUAGCAAUAAAAAGAUUUUGUUUAAAUGUAUCCACUAUAUGUACUGUUGGUACAUAAUGUAAUGGUGAUUCCAUAAUAAAAUAUAAUUGUGUUUAAUUUUAA